AACCACUGCCCCAUGGAAUCCUGUUGUUUUAGAGAGGACAAAGUGGAGGCACAGGGAGCCAGCUGGGUGAUUCUCGAUGACUACACACUGCACGGCCCAGUUUUUGUUCAAGAACCAAGUCAUGUCAUGUUCCCGUUGGAUUCUGAGGAGAAAAGAGUGAAGCUCAAUUGUGAAGUUAAAGGAAAUCCAAAACCUCAUAUCAGGUGGAAGUUAAAUGGAACCAAUGUUGACAUUGGUAUGGAUUUCCGCUAUAGUGCUGUGGAAGGAAGCUUGUUGAUCAAUAACCCCAAUGCAACCCAAGAUGCUGGGAUGUACCAAUGCAUAGCAACAAACUCGUUUGGAACUGUCGUCAGCAGAGAAGCAAAGCUUCAGUUUGCCUACCUUGAAAACUUUAAAACGAGAAUGAGAAGCACGGUGUCUGUCCGUCAAGGUCAGGGCAUGGUCCUGCUGUGCGGCCCGCCAGCCCACUCUGGAGAGCUGAGCUACGCCUGGAUCUUCAAUGAAUACCCUUCCUAUCAGGACAAUCGGCGCUUCGUUUCUCAAGAGACUGGGAAUCUGUAUAUCGCCAAAGUAGAAAAAUCAGAUGUUGGGAAUUAUACCUGUGUGGUUACAAAUACAGUGACAAAUCACAAGGUCCUAGGGCCACCCACACCACUGAUACUGAGAAAUGACGGGGUGAUGGGCGAAUAUGAGCCCAAGAUAGAAGUGCAGUUCCCAGAAACGGUCCCGACUGCGAAAGGCGCCACGGUGAGGCUGGAAUGCUUCGCCUUGGGGAAUCCGGUACCGACGAUUAUCUGGAGAAGAGCUGAUGGAAAGCCAAUAGCAAGGAAAGCCAGAAGACACAAGUCAAAUUGAAUUUUGGAAAUCCCCAAUUUUCAGCAAGAGGAUGCUGGUUUAUACGAAUGUGUGGCUGAAAAUUCAAGAGGGAAAAAUGUAGCAAGGGGACAGUUGACUUUCUACGCUCAACCUAAUUGGAUUCAAAGAAUAAAUGAUAUCCACGUGGCCAUCGAAGAAAAUGUCUUUUGGGAAUGCAGAGCGAAUGGAAGACCCAGACCUACAUACAGGUGGCUGAAAAAUGGUGAACCGCUAUCCACUCGGGACAGAAUUCAAAUCGAGCAAGGGACGCUCAACAUAACGGUGGUGGACCUCUCCGACGCCGGCAUGUAUCAGUGCGUGGCGGAGAAUAAACACGGAGUUGUCUUUUCCAACGCUGAGCUCAGCGUUAUAGCUGUGAGUCCAGAUUUUUCGAGAACCCUCUUAAAAAGGGUGACUCUUGUCAAAGUGGGAGGUGAAGUGGUCAUUGAGUGUAAGCCAAAAGCCUCUCCGAAACCUGUCUACACCUGGAAGAGAGGAAGGGACAUGCUAAGAGAAAACGAAAGAAUUACCAUUUCUGAAGACGGGAGCCUCAGAAUCAUCAAUGUGACUAAGUCAGAUGCUGGGAGCUACACCUGUGUAGCCACUAACCAUUUUGGAACUGCGAGCAGCACUGGGAACUUGAUAGUGAAAGAUCCAACCAGAGUCAUGGUGCCCCCUUCCAGCAUGGAUGUCACUGUCGGAGAAAGUAUUGUUCUGACAUGCCAGGUGACACAUGAUCACUCGCUAGACAUCGUGUUCACAUGGACGUUUAAUGGACACCUGAUAGAUUUUGACAAAGAUGGGGACCACUUUGAAAGAGUUGGAGGGGAUUCAGCUGGUGAUUUGAUGAUCCGAAACAUCCAGCUGAAGCAUGCUGGGAAAUACGUCUGCCUGGUCCGGACAAGUGUGGACACGCUGUCCGCUGCUGCAGACCUGAUCGUCAGAGGUCCCCCAGGCCCUCCAGAGGCUGUGACCAUAGAUGAAAUUACAGACACCACCGCUCAGCUCUCCUGGAGACCCGGGCCUGACAACCACAGCCCCAUCACCAUGUAUGUCAUUCAAGCCAGGACUCCGUUCUCCGUGGGCUGGCAAGCAGUCAACACAGUCCCCGAGCUCAUUGAUGGGAGGACGUUCACUGCGACCGUGGUGGGUCUGAACCCCUGGGUCGAAUAUGAAUUCCGCACUGUCGCAGCCAACGUGAUCGGGAUCGGGGAGCCCAGCCGGCCCUCGGAGAAGCGGAGGACGGAAGAGGCCCUCCCUGAGGUCACCCCAGCUAACGUCAGUGGCGGUGGAGGCAGCAAAUCUGAACUGGUUAUAACCUGGGAGACGGUCCCUGAGGAGCUGCAGAACGGGAGAGGCUUUGGGUACGUGGUGGCCUUCCGGCCGUCCGGCACAGCCAUCUGGAUGCUGACGGUGCUGGCCUCCGCCGACGCCUGCAGAUACGUGUUCAGGAACGAGAGCGUGCGGCCCUUCUCGCCCUUCGAGGUGAAAGUGGGCGUCUACAACAACAAGGGAGAGGGCCCUUUCAGUCCCACCACCGUGGUGUAUUCUGCAGAAGAAGAACCCACCAAACCACCAGCCAGCAUCUUUGCCAGAAGUCUUUCUGCAACAGACGUUGAAGUUUUCUGGGCCUCCCCCAAGGAGAAGAAUAGAGGACGGAUACAAGGCUAUGAGGUUCAGUACUGGAGACAUGAUGACAAGGAAGAAAAUGCUAGAAAAAUCCGAACAUUUGGAAAUCAGACAUCAACAAAAAUCACCAACUUACAAGGCAGUGCACUGUAUCAUCUCUCUGUCAAGGCAUACAACACUGCAGGGACAGGCCCCUCCAGUGCCACCGUCAACGUGACAACCAGAAAGCCACCACCAAGCCAACCCCCCGGAAACAUCAUAUGGAAUUCAUCGGACUCCAAAAUUAUCCUGAACUGGGAUCAAGUGAAGGCCUUGGAUAAUGAGUCGGAAGUGAAAGGCUACAAAGUCUUGUACAGAUGGAACAGACAAAGCAGCACAUCCAUCAUCGAAACAAAUAAAACAUCGGUGGAGCUUUCUCUGCCUCUGGAUGAAGAUUACAUAAUAGAAAUCAAGCCAUUCAGUGAUGGGGGAGAUGGCAGCACCAGUGAACAAAUUCGAAUCCCAAAGAUAUCAAACGCCUAUGCAAGAGGCGCGGGUCCUUCCACGUCCAACGCCUGCACGCUGUCCGCCAUCAGCACCAUCGUGAUCUCCCUCACAGCCAGGUCCAGCUUAUGACGAAAGUCUACAGGACUUGCUGUUUAUAAUCUAAGCAACAUUUAGCUAGUUGUUUUGGAGACACCCAGUACUAAGUAAUGUUGUUGUUCAAGUACAUCUUAUUACUGGAAAAACAAAAUGUGUUUUGCUUCUUUAGGAAUGGCGUUAUACAGUACUUCCUCAAAGCAAAUCUAGCUUUGUCUGAAGUUUCUUUGGAAACUCUGCAAUGCACUGAAGACAUCUGUAAUACGAUGUUACCAAAGGAGUUUACAUAAUGUCCUUAUAUGCAUAUUUUUAUUAUAUAUUUAGUGUUUUAUAGAAUUUUUUAAAGUUAACAUGAAAUGUAGAUAUCAAUUUUUUUUCCUCUGCUGUAAAGUGCAACGGGCAGCACAACCAUACAAUUAUUAUUUGACAGUAGUUCCUUUCGAGACCGAGUUUGAAACUCGUCUUGGUAAAUAAGUCGUGAAUUUCUUAUACAGUUUUACAAGGAUGUAGUUGCAGGACAAGAGCUGGUUUGUAACUCCAGGCCGCCCUGUGACAGUGACUCUUGGGAUGGUUAAUGUGUUGACUAAAAUCCUUUGAUUUUCUGCCCGGUGGUGAAUUUCAUUGUUCAACACAACUUGAGAUGGUUUCAGGAAUGGCCGCAAUUUCGAAACCUAAGCUAACUGUCCAACAGGUACAUGUGCAAUAUUUCACCCUGCACUUAGCACGGUACGUACGGUAAGACUUCCGUGUCUCUGCUCAGUCAGCAUCGUCUUUGUAGUAGCAUUCUUAGACAUUAAAUUUGAAGUUACAUAUCUAUCCUGUAGUAACAGAGACCAAAAGUUAACUCGAGUCAACCAAGUCUUUCAAAGGAUACAAGAUAAUUUUACUAUCUCUAACUGUAUCUGUUUUGAAUGUACAUUUUUUUAAAACAAAGUAAUUCUCUGUUCAUGGAGUCACAGUUUCUUUACAGAAUUUCUUAUCUAUAAUAUGUGCUUCUCUUUAAUAAUAGAGCCCUUCUUUUGAAUCAAAAUCGUGUAUGGAGCUUGGCAGGUUUCUCAUAUUUCGGCAAAAAGCUGCCUCAGAGAAUUUUUUCCAUGACUCUAUGAAAGAUCUUUAGUACAACUGUAUGGUUUCUCAAUGAAUCUCCUGUUUUGCAGUCAGUAGCUUAGUUGCUUUAUAAGCUUUACCUUCUAAGUCUUAAAAUCACACAUUGGAAAAUGACAAUAUUGAAAAAAACCGUAUUCUUAUGAAAGAACUAUUUAUUAUAAUGGGGGAGGUUUUGUAAGCUGACACUAGUGGAACAGUGCAUAUAAAAGACAAUUAAAUUUUCUAUAAAAAUUUUCACAUGUAAACAUGCUACCACAUUUUCUUCUUUCUCAGAAAGCUCAAAUUUGCCUGCAGUUUGUCAUUUUUCCCCACAGAUAAUAUAAGUUAACUUUUCAACCUUCUAGCUAUAUUUAUCCAAUAAAGUCAUAAUCAGGAUUCCACGUGUGAAAAAACUAGGGUGGUAACCAGAAAAAAAAAAUAUUGUCAGUAUUUCAAGCUGUGUUUCCUUUCUUAAUUUGAUAUGGUCACUUCUAUGUUAAAAUAAAACAAAAUUUAAAAUCAUAUACACAUACAAAAAAACAACAACAAAAUAAUAAAAUGAAUGAAAAAAAAUGACACCCCAGAGAGUUCCCAACCCCGGUGUAAAUGAUAUUUACCAGUGAUCUAGCAUAUGUAAUCUUUUUUUAAAGGUAUUGUUAAUAAAUGUUCUGUCAUUUGUAAAGA